UCGAUGGAACAGUCACUCACAGACGGCGCUUUCUCAGCUCGAGCGCAUUGUUUCGCAUCUGAUUUGUGGGGGAAAACAGAGCGUGAACAAUAAUCGACAGUUGCAGAGAAGUACAAACGCGAACGGAGACAGACUGCUUUAUAUCUGAAAUCUGAUCUACUGACAAAGUUUUGUUCUCCGCCGUGCAUGUUCAAAUUGGAGAAUAUUGGAGCCGUGUGUCGGCCAGACUUUUAGUUUCAAAGCGAGCGGCAAUAUCAGACAGGAGGCAUGAUUCGGAGACGGAGUUCUUUUUUUGCUGCGUUUUCCUUACAUGCCUUGCUACUAUGCCUACGAGCAAAGGUGACAGAAUCGACUGGACACUUCGAGAUGCAAAUAUUAUCGAUGCAGAAUAUCAACGGUGAACUGCAGAGCGGGUCGUGCUGCGACGGCGCGCGGAAUCCUGCCGACCGAAAAUGCUCAAGGGAUGAGUGCGAUACGUAUUUUAAAGUUUGUCUGAAGGAAUACCAGUCCAGGGUGUCUGCUGCGGGACCGUGCAGCUUCGGCUCGGGAUCUACACCUGUCAUCGGAGGGAAUACCUUUUCUUUGAAAAACACAGCGAGGAAGGAUAAAUCCCGGAUUGUUUUGCCUUUCAGCUUCGCGUGGCCGAGGUCCUACACGUUGAUAGUGGAGGCCUUGGACUUCAGCAACGACACAGCCGGGGGCAGAAGUGAGGUCAUCGAGAAGGCGGUCCACUCGGGCAUGAUCAACCCCAACCGGCAGUGGCAGACGCUGAGGCACAACGGGCCGGUGGCCCAGUUCCAGUUCCAGAUCCGGGUCUCCUGUGAUGAGCACUACUACGGCGUGGGCUGCAACAAGUUCUGCCGCCCGCGCGACGAGUUCUUCGGCCACUACGCCUGCGACCACAACGGCAACAAGACCUGCCUGGACGGCUGGGCCGGCCCAGAAUGCACCACAGCUAUCUGCCGGCAGGGCUGCAACACGGUGCACGGAUCCUGCAGACUUCCUGGCGACUGCACGUGCCAGUUCGGCUGGCAGGGCCAGUUCUGUGACAAGUGCCUCCCGCACCCGGGCUGUGUGCAUGGAACCUGCAUCGAGCCCUGGCAGUGCCUCUGCGACACCAACUGGGGCGGCCAGCUGUGCGAUAAAGACCUGAACUACUGCGGAACCUACCAGCCCUGCCGAAACGGGGGCACCUGCAGCAACACGGGGCCCGACAAGUACCACUGCGCCUGCCAGGACGGCUACUCCGGGGUGACCUGCGAGCGGGCGGAGCAUGCCUGUCUGUCCAACCCCUGCGCUAACGGAGGCAGCUGCACGGAGACCAGCUCCGGGUUCCAGUGCCAGUGUCCGGCAGGCUGGAGCGGCCCUUCCUGCCUCACCGACGUGGACGACUGCUCUCCAAACCCUUGUGGACACGGCGGAGUCUGUCACGACCAGCUCAACGGCUAUAAGUGCAGCUGUCCCCCACAGUGGACUGGCAAGAUCUGCCUGAUCGACGCCAAUGAAUGCGAGAGCAAACCCUGCGUGAACGCCAUCUCCUGCCGCAACCUGAUUGGUGCAUACUUCUGCGAGUGCAUGGCAGGGUGGACAGGACAGAACUGUGACACUAAUAUUAACGAUUGCAAGGACCAGUGUCUGAAUGGAGGCACCUGCAAGGACCUGGUGAAUGGGUAUCGCUGUCUGUGUCCUCGGGGCUACGGGGGGGAGCGCUGUGAGGCAGACCUGGAUGAGUGUGGCAGCGCCCCCUGUCUGAACGGGGGUCAGUGUCGGGACUACCUCGACGGAUUCCACUGCCUGUGUCCCACCGGCUUCUCCGGCGACCUGUGCCAGCUGGACGUUGACUACUGCACUCCCAGCCCCUGUCAGAACGGAGCGAGCUGCUUUAACCUCGCCACCGACUACUACUGCAAGUGCCCUGACGACUACGAGGGGAAGAACUGCUCCCACCUGAGAGACCACUGCCGCACCACCGCCUGCCAGGUGAUCGACAGCUGCACCGUGGCCCUCACCUCCAACAGCACCCCGGAGGGCGUGCGCUACAUCUCCUCCAACGUCUGCGGCCCCCACGGGCGCUGCCGGAGCCAGGCGGGGGGGCAGUUCACCUGCGAGUGCCAGGACGGCUUCACCGGCACCUACUGCCACGAGAACAUCAACGACUGUGAGAGCAGCCCGUGUCAGAACGGGGGCACGUGCAUCGACAAAGUCAACGCGUACCAGUGCAUCUGCGCAGACGGGUGGGAGGGUGCACGCUGCGAGACGGACAUCGACGACUGCGGCGCGAACCCCUGUAAGAACCGCGGCACGUGCCGGGACGUGGUCAACGACUUCUACUGCGACUGCCAGAACGGCUGGAAGGGCAAGACCUGCCACUCCCGGGAGAGCCAGUGUGACGAGGACACCUGUAAUAACGGCGGGACCUGCUCUGACGAGGGCGACGCGUUCCGCUGCCUGUGUGCGCCGGGCUGGGCGGGAGCCACCUGCAGCAUCGCCAAGAACAGCAGCUGCCUGCCGAGUCCCUGCGGCAACGGCGGGACCUGCGUCGUCACGGGAGACGCCUUCGCCUGCGUCUGCAAGGAGGGCUGGGAGGGCAGCACCUGCACCCAGAAUACCAAUGACUGCAACCCACACCCCUGCUACAACAGUGGGACAUGUGUGGACGGCGAUAACUGGUACCGCUGUGAGUGUGCCCCUGGAUUCGCCGGCCCCGACUGCCGAAUAAACAUCAAUGAAUGCCAGUCCUCGCCCUGUGCUGUCGGCUCCACCUGCAUCGAUGAGAUCAACGGAUUCCGCUGCGUGUGCCCGCCUGGCAAGGCAGGCCUCCGGUGUCAGGAAGCAGCGACUGGAAUGCCCUGUGUCAUCAAUGGCCAUGUCGCCUCUGAGGGAACCAGGUGGGAUGAAGACUGCAACACCUGCCAGUGCCAAAACGGGAAGGUGACCUGCUCCAAGAUGCAGUGUGGUCCUAGGUCAUGCCGCGUUCAGGGGAAAGGUCAGGGCGAGUGCCCGGCGGGCCAGGCCUGCCUCCCCCUCAGAGACGAGCGCUGUUUCGUCCGGCCCUGCCCCGGGGCGGGGGAGUGCUGGCCCCCCAACCCGCCCCCUCCCUCACCCAGGUGCCACCUGACCGCCAGCUUCACCGAACACAACUGCGCCAACAUCACCUUCACUUUCAACAAGGAGUCCCUGCCGCAGGGUCUGACCGUGGGGUCCGUGUGCAGCGAGCUGAGACGCCUGUAUGCGGAGAAGAACCUCUCCGCCGAACACUCGCUGUCCGUGACGUGCGACCCCUCGCUGACUGCCCCCGAUGAGAUCCACGUGGCCGUCUGGACCGAGGAGCAAAUAUUAGGACGGAGCCCCGUGAAGGAGAUCGCGGACAGGAUGGUGGGCCUGGUCAGCAAGCGCAGCGGAAACAGCACGGUCAUCUCCGCCAUCGCCGAAGUCCGGCUCCAGCGCAGCCAAAACCCAGGCAAAGCCGACUACCUGGUCCCCCUGCUCUGCUCCGUGCUGAUUGGCCUCUGGAUCCUGGCGGUUGGCUCCGCCCUCCUGUGGUGCGUACGGCGGAAGCAGAAACAGAACGGCCACGGCAACGCCGCGGCGACCGCCACGGACGACAGCACCACCAACAACGUGCGUGAGCAGCUCAACCAGAUCAAGAACCCCAUCGAGAAGCACGCGGCCAACGCCACCGCCGUCGCCAAGGACUUCGAGGACAAAAACUCCAUCAUCGCCAAAAUUAGGACACACAACUCCGAGGCGGAGGACGAGGUGGAGAGGCACCUGCAGAAGGGUCGGUUUGUCAAGCAGCCGGCCUACGCCCUGGUGGACAGGGAGGACAAAACGGCACAGGCCGCGCCGGCCAGACACCAGAAAUGGACGAACAAACAGGACAACAGAGAGCUGGAAUCAUCACAGAGCUUAAACCGGAUGGAGUACAUCGUAUAGCAUCCCCCCCCCCCCAACGCACCUGUGUCCCGUCAUAUUCCGCGUCCAAGGUUUUCACUUGCCUUAUAUCCCUUUUUCGUUAAUUUAAAGUUUUGACAAGCUGGCUUACACUGGCGGUGGUCGUUGCUGUGGUUGGCCGGAAUACUGAGCGCUGCGUUUCACACCUAUGCAAAACUAGCAUCAGUCACCCUGUCUUCGGGACCUGUGUGGUGUCUGUCUUUGGGACCUGCGUGGUGCUGACGCUCCCAAGAGAACGAACAAGCGCCCUUUCAGCUCUCCCUUUAAAGUCGCAUGCUUUGCCAAGUUACUAUAAUAUGGGUCGCAUUCAUGUGAUACCUUUGGAAAGCUGAAAGCACCUUACCGUGGAAGGGGAGAAGAUUACCUCAGCCAUCACCAACGUGUAGCAACCAUCGAGGUGACGUGCGGCGGCCAUUUUGUUUGGAUGCUCACCACACAUCAGCUGAGGAGGGAGAUACUGCGCGUAGUCUUAAGCAUUUUUCUUCUUUUUUUUAAUAGUUUAUUAUUUUCAGUUUAUAUGCAGCCUUUUUUAUGGUUAGUGUACAGCUAGUUCUGUUUCAAAGUGCCUUUGCAGCUCCAUGCCACAGCAACCAUCAAAAAAUUUAAUUUAUUAUUUUUUAUGAUUUUUUUUUUCUUGGGUUGGGUUGAGUCAGUGUCAGCAGUUGCUGCCAAUAUGAAGAAUUUAAGUGUCAAUUUAGAACCUUCUGUAGAUAUGUAAAUUUUUUAAUUAAUCACUGUGUAUAUUUGAUUUAUUAACUUAAUAAUCAAGAGCCUAAAAUACCAUUCCUUUUUAUUUAUGUGCAUUUGUCUAGAUUUGAAGGUUUUGAUAGCUUCGUAAGCUCACAGAUUUGCUAUUGAUGCAAAUAUCAUUUCAUGUUUCUUAAAUGCCAAAAUUUGAAGUGUUCUAGAAAUAAAUUAUAGGACGGGCACUUUCGUGCCUGGAAAAAAAAUGUUUGUACGAUGUCAGGUGUUUGAAAGUUACCACAGCAAACCUUAUUCUGCCAGGACUUUAUUAAGCCCUAAAGGCAGGUUGAAAAAUAGAAAAAUCUGCCUUGGUUGUUAGUAAACGGAGUGGCAUACACUUCUUGCCACAGAAAAAAGAACUUAAGGGAACAAAAUCCUUUGUAACUUAAUGACUGCCUGUUUUAAAAAAGGUGUAAAAAGAGUUUUUAAAGUAAAUGACAGCAUUUGUAUAGCACACCACUUUUAGAUUACUUAAUUAGUAAUUGCCUUCUGCUUUCAUUAGCGUAAUAUAAUAAGCUAGACGAUGAAUACUUGAAGAGUAGGAGGGCCAACACUGUACAGCCAGAAUAAAACACACUGCCCUGCUUAAGACCUCCUUGCUUCCGCUGCCCAAUGUCUUUUAAGGGGCUCUUAAAAGAAUGUUAUUUUCACUUAAAUAACCGUUCAGACCAUGGAGACAUUUCAUGUACUUUUGACUUUAGUGUUAUGAACUUGAGAAUGAAACUUUUCUGGAGUUGUUGUUCCUGGCAAAAUUUUUUUUAAUUGUUUUUUUUUUUUUUUUUUUGUGGAAAGUCAUAUUUAUUAAAUAUUUUGU